UUAACAACGCCGUCAGUUUGCUCGGGCAGACGACGAAUUAUGACGGAAAAGUGUCUUCCUCUAUGACCACAACUGAUCGUCAUAGCAUGCAUUCACUUCCAUGACAACGCGCCUUUCGUCACAGAAUGUAUACACAUCGAUGACGAAACUGAGUAGUCCGUCACAACACAACAAAUGUGACGCGACCCCUAUGACCAAAUCGAACUCGUCACAAAUUCGUCACAAACCUUACUCUGUGACGAUAUAUACACAUGCAGUGACGCAAUACGAACGUCAUCGAUGAUAAGAUCUCUACUAGUGGAAGAAGAAGAUGAUGACAUGAUGUUGUUUAUUUUCCCUGCCUUAUAUCUGAUGGGUUCAACUAGAGGUGGGGGACAAAAGAAGAAACGCCAUACAUCAGAUGAGACAGGCGAGGUUAAGGUUCGACGACUCCUCGAGGGACAUGUCAAGAACUGUCAAGUUACAUUUCGGAUGGAACCACACAUCUUCAGAGAGCUUGCAACUUAUCUUAGAAGGAGAAGGAUCAUUGUUGAUACAAGGAUCACGGUCGAGGAGAAGUUGGGGUUCUUCUUAUACAUGCUAAGUCGCAACGCCUCAUAUCAGGAUCUCCAAGUGUAUUUUGGGCACAGUAAUGACACCUUCCAUCAUCACAUCAACCACUUCUUCAAUAAGGUCAUUCCUGUCCUAUCUCGUCGCUUCAUUCAGCCUCCUGAUCCUAAUCAAGUGCAUCAAAAAAUCCAAGAUAAUCCUGGAUUCUAUCCAUUCUUCAAGAAUUGUCUUGGUGCCAUUGAUGGAACUCACAUUCCUAUUUCCAUAUCUCCUGAUAAACAUUCUCCUUUUCGAAAUCGGAAAGGAACACUAAGCAUAAAUGUGAUGGUGGCAUGUGAUUUCGAUCUCAAUAUCACUUUUGUUUCUAGUGGAUGGGAGGGAUCGGCCACAGAUUCUAGAGUGCUAAGAUCAGCUAUGAGCAAGGGUUUCCAGGUACCUCCAGGAAAAUUCUAUCUAGUUGAUGGAGGGUAUGCAAGAGGUAUUGUGUUCUCCAAGAGGUAUUGUGUUCAAUGUUUCUUCAUGCUUUCUUGUAAGUUUUGUAUUACCGAUGUGUGAUCAUUGUUUAUGUAGUAGUGAAACAAAGAGCAGAUUGGAAUCCAGGCCUUGAGAGGUCUCUUGUUAACAUUCUCCAUGAAUUUAAAGAAAGUGGAUAUAGAGGUGACAAUGGUUGGAACUCCGAAGGGUGGAAUAGAAUGGUCAAGGAGUUUCAUGUGAGGAACAAGUAUGUCUCCUUUACAAAGUCUCAAAUUCAGGAUAAAGAAGGUCAGCUGAAGAGAGACUACAAGAUGCUCAAAGCAGCAAAGCAACAGAGUGGGUCCACCUGGAAUGAGAGAAGGAAUAUGGUUGAAGGACCACCAGCUUUGUGGGAGAAUCUCAUGGUGACAUUUCCUAAAAUCAAGAAGUUUAACAACAACAAGGCAACCUUCCCGCUCUUUGAUGCUUUGGGAGAGCUUUAUGAUGGACACUUGGCUGAAGGGACUUGGAAUUGCACUUCUCUUGAGGCACCGCAAGAGGAAGAACCAAAUGAGCAACUUCAGGAUGCAGAAGAUGGACCACAAGGCUUUGAUCUGAAUGUUGUUCAUGAUGUAGAUGAUGAAGUUGAUGAUGCACUCACCGAAAGGAAUGAAGAUAUGCUUCAAGGAAGGGCUAAUACUCUGUCACGAGAUGAAGAAAGUGGACAGCGAAGACCUGUUGCGUCAAGAAACAAGCAAGAAAAGGAACCAAAGAAGCCUAGAAAGACUGAUAACAUAGAAAAUAUGAUGAACAAAUACCUAGAAAUGAGGAGUAAGCAAGUAGAAGAUGAAGCUGCAAGAGAAAAGGAAACAAGAGAAAAGGAGACAAGAGAAAAGGAGGCAGCUCAAAGUGAAGAUUUCUCCAUCAAAAGGUGCAUAUCAGUUCUGAACACAAUGGAAGAAGUGACCAAACUGGAGAAGGCAAAAGCAUAUUCAGUCUUCACCAAGAGCAAAGAGAAUAGAGAGACUUUCAUAUGUGCAUGUGAAGCGGAUCAAGAAUCAGCUUUGAUUUGGCUAAGAAAUGAGAUGGCUUAGUUUGGGUGAUCAAUGGGUGAUGCUUAGCACAUCUGGAGGUUUCUUAUUUUGAACUGACAUGCUUAGUUCUAAAGUGAUGUUUCUUCUUAGCACAUAUGUUCUAUCUCUUAGCUGUUGAAGAUGUCAGUCUAUCAAGAUUGUUCUUUGCGUUUGUUGGCAAGACUAUAAUUUGUUUGUUGCUUUGCUGUUUAAAACUAUUUGGUUGGUGAUGCUUAGCUGUUGCGUCUGUUGAACAUGCAAGUCCUGAUCAGGUUUCUUUAUUUUAAUCAAUGAAACAUUGCCCAUUGCGGGACUGCAGUUGUGCAACA